AAAGAAAAAGAAAAAACUCCUCCAAACAGAAACAGAAACUCCUCUGCUGGUACGGAGAGAGAUGGGGGAGGAGGAGCAAACCUCGGUGGGAGUGGGAGAAGGAGAAGAAGUGGCAGAGAAGGAGGAGGAGGCAGAGACAUGGAACCAAAGGAAACAAAUCCUUAUACUCGAAAUCUCCUCGAAGCUUAUCCAUGGCGAUCUCGAAUCCAAGAUUGAAGCCGCCAGAGAUAUCAGAAACUUGGUCAGAAAGUCUUCCACUUCGUCCUCGUCUUCCAAGACUCGCUCGAAGCUGGGCGCGGCGGGCGUGAUUCCGCCGCUGGUGUUGAUGCUCUGCUCUCCUAAUCCAGAUGCGCGCCAAGUUUCCCUCCUCGCGCUUCUCAACCUUGCCGUCCGAAACGAACGCUGAGCGAGGGUGACAUGAUAUGCAGAAGAAGAAAUAGAUGAUAGUGUAUUUGCCCUCUGUUUGGUUACUACUGAUGAAGUUGGGAUUGGGCCAAAGAGUUGAUACUAAAAAUGAUUGUUAAUUUCGGGAAGAAUGAGGUUCCUUUCAGUCCAAUUUACCGAAAUUUCUGCCUCGUGAUGGUUAUUAAAAGAACAAAUGAGAGAAGGGGCAGUGCUUGAUAAUGUCAAACUACUUGACGGAGAGAGCUUUUUUUGAAGAAUUUUUUCUCCUUUUACCGAUGUAUUGGAAGAUCCAGCUGGAUCUUGAUUCCUACCCUUUCUUACUGAGGAUUUGUCCUUUUUGCUGCAAAUGAGAUGGAAUGCCCAAAGGCUUGACCAAUGAGAUGGCUUUGUUUGUAUAUGUAUCUGUUAAAGAGUGUGAGGCUGUCGAGUUCAGUUUUUCAUUUUAGUUUUGUUUUUAUUUGGUUUCCUUCGUAUACAUGGUGAUGGAAACUUGUGUGGAAGUUAAUAGAGAGAAAUUUCUUGUCAGAGUUUAAAUAUUUGUAUUUUAAUUAAAUGCUAGUUCAGAAUCCA